UCACACACAUACACAAGCGGAGGAGAGGAGGAGGAGAGGAGAGGCAGCAAACAAGAUGGUUUUGGUGACGCGAUGACUUCAGGCUGGAAAACAGACCAUCACACUGAUCAGCUGGGCGUAGUGGAUUCUGUCCUCCGCCUAAAGCCCUUUCUAAAGUAAAGCAGCAUCAUCGAUCCCCCAGAGUCAGACCAGAGGGGGAUUGGAAACCUGACACGAGCAGCACAGCGACCACUCCGGCACCAGUCACCACAUGGGACCCACUUUGAGAUCCCCACCAUGAAUGAUGAGGGAUAGCGCAGACUGCUAUCCCCUAUAACACACGGAGACUUCAAGAAAUAAAAGCAGAUGCAGGUGAUUUUAAAACAAACAGAGCUGGAAUAUGAAGUGAGAUUCUAGACUUUUUUCUGAGCUCCACCAUGUGUCAAGAUUCAGUCUUUAAGACACACGGGAAUAAUAAAAAAGGAAGUGGUGACGCCUGUAUCUGAGGACGAAGCCCCUUCCUCUGGCUGUAGCGACCGAUCUGGGGUGCGUUCGGAGGUUCACCCCUACCAGGCCGCCGCUCGCUGAUGGAGGCCCACCAACACUCCCCUGACAGCAGCAGUGAGGAGUGCACCGUCCUGGAGGCUCCGCCGGGCAAAAACACCUGCCUGCAGCAUGCAGGGAAGGUGGCGGACCUGUACUGUUCGGCCUGCGAGUGCGCGCUGUGUGAGGACUGCGUGGCGGACCAUGAAGAGCACCCCCAGGUGCCCCUCGGCCAGGCCCUGGAGCAGCACCGCAGCAGGCUGCAGGAGCGGCUGCAGGCCGUCCAGAGCAGACUCCCACAGAUUUCUGAUGCGUUGUCCUUCGUUAAAGAGAUCCUCCAGCAGCUGACCAAUCAGAGAGCUUCCAUCGAGGAGGACAUCCAGUCGAGCUUCGAGGACCUACACAAGCAGCUGGAUGUUCGGAAGAGCGUCCUGCUGAUGGAGCUGGAGGUCACAUACGGACUCAAGCAGAAGGUCCUCCAAGGCCAGGUAGAUAGCCUUCUCAGGGGAGAGGGGGACAUCACGGCCACCUGCACCCAGACUGAGGAAGCUCUAGCUGGGGAGGCGUGCGUGGCAAACCUCCAGGCAGAACGAGAGUUGGGAGAGAAGCUGGGAGAGUUGGUUCGGAUCGGUUUGCCAUGCCAGCCAGAAGAAAAUGACCAGCUGGAUCUCGUGAUGGAGACCGAUGGACUUAGAAAGUCCAUACACAACCUGGGGACGAUCGUCACAACCAGCGCGGUGGCAAGCCAGAGUGAAGCAAUGGGGGCCGGUUUGGAGCAGUGUGUUGUGGGGCAUCCUGCAUCGGUUACCGUAGUAACAAGAGACAAGUCAGGGGGAGCCUGCAAAAAUGGCAACGCAAUCAUCUCCGCUGAGGUAUUUACACCCGACGGCAGCAUCGUAGACGGUGAGAUAGUGGACCACAAGAACGGGACUUAUGAGUUUGUCUACACGGUCCCGAAGGAGGGGGACUUCUCACUGGCUCUCCGUUUGUACGACCAACACAUCAAAGGAAGUCCUUUCAAACUGACGGUGACCAGGACCUUGGAAACAGAGGUAGAGGUAUCUCCCUCCACCACCACCGCAACCAGCUCAGCAGCCAACGCCACCCCGUCCACAGGCUCCUCUGAGGGGGCGAAGAGACGAGGCAAGUCACCCGGCCAGAAGAAGAAGGGCUCCAAGAGGGCCAGCAGCGCCCUGGGCACCCCGCGACGCAAAACUCAGAACCCCAUCGAGGACGACCUCAUCUUCAGGAUCGGAACUAAGGGGAGAAACAAAGGAGAGUUCACCAACCUUCAAGGAGUGGCUGCCUCUGCCAGCGGCAGGAUACUGAUAGCCGACAGCAACAACCAGUGUGUCCAGAUUUUCUCCAAUGAGGGCGAAUUUAAGAGUCGUUUUGGGGCACGUGGGAGAUCGCCGGGCCAACUUCAGCGGCCAACAGGUGUUGCCGUGCACCCCAGUGGUGACAUCAUCAUCGCCGACUACGACAACAAGUGGGUCAGCAUCUUUACCAGCGAGGGAAAGUACAAGACAAAACUCGGCUCUGGAAGACUCAUGGGCCCAAAGGGAGUAACUGUGGAUCAAAACGGGCAUGUCAUCGUGGUUGACAACAAGGCGUGCACUGUCUUCAUCUUCCAGCUGACCGGCAAGCUCAUCACUAAGUUCGGUAGUCGAGGAAAUGGUGACAAGCAGUUUGCAGGUCCACACUUCGCAGCAGUGAACAAGAACAACGAGAUCAUCAUCACAGACUUCCAUAACCACUCCGUAAAAGUCUUCACGCCCGAGGGGGAGCUGGUGCUGAAGUUUGGAUCGAACGGAGAAGGAAACGGCCAGUUCAACGCUCCCACCGGCGUGGCCGUGGACAUCAACGGGAACAUCAUCGUAGCUGACUGGGGCAACAGCAGAAUACAGGUAUUCGACGGCAGCGGCUCCUUCCUCUCCUACAUAAAUACGUCAGCUGACCCCUUGUAUGGGCCCCAGGGUCUGGCUCUGACAUCAGACGGACACGUGGUGGUGGCCGACUCCGGAAACCACUGCUUCAAGGUCUACCGCUACCUGCAAUGAUAGACGCUAAGAUGGAGGUAGAGAUGGAGACAAUGAGGCAGGAGAGAUGUGGGCAGUUGGAACACUGGGUGGAGUGGAGGGAUGACGCAGAUGUCUUAUUCUACGUAUAACUGCAUGAACACGUACCACGGGAAACGCCAAGGAAAAGGUUUGGUUUCCA